AUGGUGCCGAGGUGCCAGAAGGCAUUUGUGUUGGUGCAUUUCCUACGGGUCCAGAAGGACCAGAGAUUCCAGAAGGGCCAGCCUGAAAAUUGGGUGAUGAGAUCUGAAGGGCCUCUACCCCUUUUAGGGGAGAAGGCUGGGGUGGUACCGUUACCUCCAUACUUGCCUCGUACCCUCUCAUCGCUGUGUCCAAGAAAUCGACCCCUUCUGGGUGUUUUACCUCUGCAUAAUGGUCUUCAGCUACUGGCAUCCUGCCCUGAAAAUCUGUUAAAACCCCAUCUACCCUCUGAGUAUUUCCACUUAGCAUUAAUCUUACGUAUUCCGGCGUGACAACAACUGUUUGGCUUCUAGCUUCAUGAAUGAAACGCGACCAGACAGCUCCAUGUUUGCACAGAAUCGUGAGAUCACCUAUAAUGAAUAAUC